AUGGUCAAGGCGCGCGGCCGCGGCAGGGGACGUGGAGGCGCGCGGCGCGGGUUUCAAGGCGAUCGCUACGGACUGGAUGCGCCACGGCGUAUUGCGCUGGCAGACGAGGAGAGCACCGAGGAUGAGAGCGAGGGCGAGAGCAGCGACGAGGAGGCGACGAGCGAGGACGAUGCGUCCGACACGUCGGUGGGCGACGUGCUGGGCUCUGCGGGCGAUUUGAGCGCGCCUGUGCCUGUGGCGAUGUGGGACUUUCAGCACUGCGAUCCACGCCGGUGCAGCGGAAAAAAGCUUGCACGCCACGGCCUGAUUCAUGAGCUGCGUGUCGGCCAUAAAUUCCGCGGUGUCGUACUGACGCCGCGCGCGACAAAGGUGCUUUCACCCGCAGACGCGGGUAUCGUGCAUGAGCAUGGCGUUGCUGUGGUUGAAUGCAGCUGGGCACGGCUUGACGAGAUCCCGUUUGGGAAAAUCAAAAGCCCGCACGAGCGACUGCUUCCGCGGCUCAUGGCGACGAACCCGGUAAACUAUGGCAAGCCGUUUAAAUUGAAUUGUGUCGAGGCGAUUGCUGCUGCGUUUUACAUCUGCGGCGCUCGCCCGCUCGGCGAUCAGCUGCUUAGCAAGUUUGCCUGGGGCGAGAAUUUCCCAGCGCUGAAUUUGGGGUAUUUGGCACGGUACCGCCGCUGUGCGGAUGCGGAGCAGAUUGCGGACGCGGCAGAUAGGUUUGCCGCGGAUGAGGAGGCUGCGCGGCUUUCGCGGAGGAUGGAGAAUGCGCGUGUGGGCGGCUACAAUACGAUUGACUUGCCGCCGAGCGAUGGAGAGGGAAGCAGUGGAGAAGAAGCGGACUCCUCCGGUGAGUCUAUCGCAGCCAACGCAGACUAG